AUGACUGAUGCUAUGGAUGUGGAUGCGCCCCGUGGCGCGAAGCGGAAAGCCGAUGAUUUGCUCGAUGACACAGCUGGUCCUCGAAGGAUCAAGGCACUCGAUCAAGACGUCGUAAACAAGAUUGCCGCGGGAGAAAUCAUCGUCGCUCCGGUCCAUGCAUUGAAGGAGUUGAUUGAGAACGCCGUAGAUGCUGGGUCCACGUCGCUCGAAGUCCUAGUCAAGGACGGCGGCCUCAAGCUACUGCAGAUUACCGACAAUGGCUCAGGCAUCGAUAAAGAAGACCUACCAAUCCUGUGUGAGCGAUUUACGACGUCCAAAUUGCAAAAGUUUGAGGACCUGCAGACCAUAGCCACCUAUGGUUUCCGCGGCGAAGCCUUGGCUAGCAUUAGCCACAUUGCCCACCUCACCGUGACCACCAAGACCCGCGAGUCCAACUGCGCUUGGCGGGCAUACUAUGACAGCGGCAAACUAGUUCCCGCCAAACCCGGCCAGUCGCCUGACCCGAAACCGGUGGCUGGUCGGCAAGGCACUCAGAUCACUGUUGAGGACCUGUUCUACAACGUGCCUACCCGCCGACGGGCCUUCCGGUCUUCGUCAGACGAGUACAACAAGAUCAUCGACAUGGUUGGACGGUACGCCGUCCACUGUUCCAACGUCGCAUUUUCUUGCAAAAAGCACGGCGAGUCAUCGACGAGCAUUGCUGUGCAAGCGACCGCAUCAUGUGUUGAUAGGAUACGGCAAAUUUACGGGGGCAGUGUUGCCAACGAGCUCACUGAGUUCUCCACAUCCGACGACCGUUGGGCCUUCAAGGCAGAGGGGCUGGCGACCAACGCCAAUUACAGCACUAAGCGGACCAACAUCCUGUUGUUUAUCAAUCAUCGAUGUGUGGAGUCGUCCAACAUCCGCAAAGCCAUCGAGCAGACAUACUCAGCCUUCCUACCCAAGGGUGGCCACCCCUUUGUGUACCUGAGUCUUGAGAUCGACCCCCACCGAGUCGAUGUCAACGUUCACCCCACCAAACGGGAAGUAAAUUUCUUGAACGAAGAUGAGAUCAUUCAGGCUAUCUGCGAGCACAUUCGCUCCAAGCUAGCUGAGGUGGACGCUAGUCGAACGUUCCUCACCCAGAGCCUGCUCCCAGGUGGCACAUGGUCGGGGCCUUCUGCCCCUUCCGCGCAACCGUCAGCCACAACCCCCAGUUCUAAGACAAGUGGUGGAAAUGCUCGAAAGACGCCAGCUAGGAACGAGAGUAACCUUGUUCGGACCGAUACCAAUCUGCGGAAGAUCACAAGCAUGCUGCCUCCUGCUGCGGUGGCCACCGGUGCAGCAAGCAAGGGUGGGCCAUCGCCCGAUACCCAAGCCGAGGCCGACGUGAUUGAGUACGAGACGGUGGACCGAGUGGCCACAGCUUGCCGACUUAGCAGCGUCCGCGAACUGCGCGCUGAGGUGCGUGAGGAGAUGCACGUUGAGCUGACCGAGAUCUUCGCCAACCACACGUUUGUCGGGGUCGUGGAUGAGCGCCGCCGUUUGGCCGCCAUUCAGGGCGGCGUAAAGCUGUAUUUAGUAGAUUACGGCCAUGUCUGCGCCGAGUACUUCUACCAGCUGGGCCUGACUGACUUUGGUAACUUUGGCGUCAUCCGGUUCAGCCCACCACUGGAUCUGCGGGAACUACUCAGCCUAGCCGCGCAGCAGGAAAAAGACGCCACCGCGGAAGCAAGCGCCACCGAGGGAGAAGAAGAAAGCGAAGAAGAGUUUGAUGUAGAGGAAAUCGUUGACCUAGUCGCUGAGCAGCUCAUUGAGCGACGCGAGAUGCUGCUCGAGUAUUUCUCACUCGAAAUCUCACCCACGGGCGAACUCAUGAGCAUCCCGCUGCUCGUCAAGGGGUAUAACCCAGCCAUCGUCAAACUCCCGCGCUUCCUCCUCCGGCUUGGCCCACACGUCAACUGGAAAGAAGAAAAGGGCUGUUUUGACACAUUUCUCCGAGAACUGGCGGCGUUUUACGUGCCGGAGCAGUUACCCGCUACCGUUCGCAAUGGGGAAGGGGAAGGGGAAAACGGUGACGCAGAGGCAGAGGCAGAGAAAAGCGGAGAAGAAGCUGCAUCAUCAACACCGGAUAUUGACGACGAGAUCAAGGCCCGCCGAAGUCAUGUCCGUAGAGCGGUUGAGCAUGUGCUCUUUCCGGCCUUCAAGUCGAGGCUGGUGGCUACGAAAUCGCUGAUGCAGGGUGGGAUCUUGGAGGCGGCCAACCUCAAGGGGCUGUACCGUGUCUUUGAGCGGUGUUGA